GAGGCCUCACCAAUUCCCUCCCCAUUUUCCCUGCCUCUACUUUUCUUUCCCUGGGGUGCGAAUGCUGAGUCUUUGGUGCCACCGUCAAGGCGUGGAAAGAUUUGAGCUUUCCUCGUCUUCUCUAUAUAAUUCUUCUCCCAAAACCCUCGGUCUCACUCCGAAUCGCUGACAUAUUCUUCCUCUCGCCCUCCGAAUUUCGCCUCCUUGAGGAUUCAUUUGUAGCCGAUUGGGGAUUUGGGAGGUGGGAGAAGGGAUCACGGAUUGGGUUUUCGUUGAGAAGAGGGGAUUGGGAGAAGGCGAAUAGGCGAUGGAAAUGGAGAGGAAAGUCGUCGUCUCGGAUACGGGGGCGUGGGCGAUGAAUGUGGUCAGUUCCGUGGGGCUUAUCAUGGCCAACAAGCAGCUCAUGUCUGCCGGUGGCUAUGGAUUCAGCUUCGCUACCACGCUAACAGGGUUUCAUUUUACCCUGACGGGCAUUAUUGGUUACCUUUCAAAUGCAUCUGGCUUAUCUGUGCCCAAGCAUGUUCCUUUUUGGGAGCUAUUGUGGUUCUCCAUUGUUGCUAAUUUAUCAAUUACAGGGAUGAACCUUAGUCUCAUGCUGAAUUCAGUGGGGUUUUACCAGAUCUCAAAAUUGAGCAUGAUACCAGUGGUUUGCAUGAUGGAAUGGUUACUGCACAGCAAGCACUACUCCUCGAGAGUGAUAAUAUCUGUAAUUGUUGUAGCUUUUGGUGUUGGUGUUUGCACGGUCACUGAUGUGGACAUUAAUGCCAAGGGUUUUCUUUGUGCAUGUGUGGCUGUGUUCUGCACAUCACUGCAGCAGAUUACUAUCGGGUCUUUUCAGAAGAAGUACAACAUUGGUUCCUUUGAGCUCCUGAGCCAAACUGCACCAAUUCAGGCUAUCUCUCUUCUUUUGUUUGGCCCUUUUGCAGACUACUACCUCAACGGCAAGUCCCUAUUGAAGUACAAUUUCUCUACAGGAGCAACUUUGUUCAUACUCCUCUCCUGUUCCCUAUCAGUCUUCUGCAACAUGAGCCAAUACCUUUGCAUUGGCCGAUUUUCUGCAACAUCCUUCCAAGUCUUGGGUCACAUGAAAACCGUAUGUGUGCUCACUCUAGGAUGGAUACUGUUUGACUCGGCACUCACCGUCAAGAAGGUACUAGGAAUGUUGCUUGCUGUAGUGGGAAUGAUAGUUUACAGUUGGGCUGUGGAGCAUGAAAAACAGGCUAAAUUGGCUUCACAUGUCAAAGGUGAUUGGGCAUUGGAUGAAGAGGAUGUAAGUCUCCUAAAGGACAAAGUAAACAGUCUUUCUGAGUCAGAUCUCGAGCUCGGACAGACGAAGAGUUGAUUCUUUUAUUCAUUUUUUGAUUUGUUCAUCAUUGUUUACUCAAAUUGGUUCUUUGCCCCCCAGCUUAGUGUUGCUAAUUAUUCAAUUCUUUUUCCUGCAUCAAAGCUCCUGGUUGACUGUAUUUUUGGGAACUUUUUCUUUCAUACCCAAAUUAUCGAGGAUCAGUGUGUUCAUUUGUAUUAUACAGACUGCAAGGCUCAAUCCUGUUGUAAUUAUAAUUCUGCCCCAGGAAGACUCAUUUUUCAUAAAAUUUCUUGUAUUCCCUCUUAAUCAGAUGUUGAUUUCCCUGUGAUGAUUUGGUAACUUCAAAUAGAAAUUCUAAGUUUUGAAA